CAGAGCCAAUUUUGUCAUUUGCGCAAAGCGUAACUCUCCGGUGCGUGUGCUCUCAGCUGGUUCCUUUAAGAAUCGGCACACGCUUCUUCAUUUCCGAUCGUCCUCGAAGCUCAAUCUGAAUCUCUCAGUUAUCUCAGAUCUUCCGAGAGAUGGCAGAUCGAUUGACACGUAUCGCUAUUGUGAGUCAAGACCGUUGCAAGCCAAAGAAAUGUCGCCAAGAGUGUAAGAAGAGUUGUCCUGUGGUUAAGACAGGAAAACUUUGUAUUGAGGUGACUGUUGGUUCCAAGAUUGCUUUUAUCUCAGAGGAGUUGUGCAUCGGUUGCGGUAUUUGUGUGAAGAAAUGCCCGUUUGAAGCUAUCCAGAUUAUUAAUCUUCCCAGAGACUUAGAGAAAGAUACAACCCAUCGCUAUGGGCCAAACACUUUCAAGUUGCACAGGCUCCCAGUUCCAAGGCCAGGGCAAGUCCUAGGGUUGGUUGGGACAAAUGGUAUUGGAAAAUCAACCGCUCUGAAAAUUUUGGCGGGAAAGCUCAAACCAAAUUUGGGCCGUUUCACUAAUCCUCCAGACUGGCAAGAAAUCUUGACUCACUUUCGUGGGUCAGAACUUCAAAACUACUUUACCCGUAUUCUAGAAGAUAAUUUAAAGGCCAUUAUAAAGCCUCAAUAUGUCGACCACAUCCCAAAAGCUGUUCGAGGCAAUGUUGGAGAGGUCCUUGACCAAAAGGAUGAGAGAAAUAAAAAAGCAGAGCUCUGUGCUGAUCUGGAGCUGAACCAGGUCAUUGAUCGUGAUGUCAUGAAUUUAUCUGGUGGUGAGUUGCAGAGGUUCGCAAUCGCUGUUGUUGCCAUACAAAAUGCAGAGAUAUACAUGUUUGAUGAGCCAUCUAGUUACCUUGAUGUUAAGCAAAGACUCAAAGCUGCUCAAGUUGUUCGUUCUCUCCUGAGGCCUAAUAGCUACGUCAUUGUUGUGGAGCAUGAUCUCAGUGUUCUUGAUUACUUGUCGGAUUUCAUUUGCUGUCUCUAUGGGAAACCAGGAGCCUAUGGUGUCGUGACUCUUCCCUUCUCUGUCAGAGAAGGAAUCAACAUUUUCUUGGCUGGAUUUGUUCCCACAGAAAAUUUACGUUUUAGAGAUGAAUCUCUGACCUUCAAGGUUGCUGAGACUCCACAAGAAAGUGCUGAAGAAAUACAGUCGUACGCUAGAUACAAAUACCCAUCCAUGACCAAAACUCAAGGAAACUUUAGGUUGAGAGUGUCGGAAGGUGAAUUCACAGACUCGCAGAUUAUUGUCAUGCUUGGGGAGAAUGGUACAGGGAAGACAACAUUUAUCCGGAUGCUGGCGGGUUUGUUGAAACCUGAUGAUACAGAAGGAUCAGACAUAGAGAUACCAGAAUUCAAUGUUUCUUACAAGCCACAAAAGAUCAGCCCAAAGUUUCAGCAUUCAGUUAGACAGUUGCUACAUCAAAAGAUUCGGGAUUCGUACAUGCAUCCUCAGUUUGUGUCGGACGUGAUGAAACCACUUCAGAUUGAGCAGUUGAUGGAUCAAGAAGUUGUCAAUCUCUCGGGAGGAGAGUUGCAAAGGGUUGCAUUAACUCUGUGCCUCGGAAAGCCCGCGGAUAUAUACCUGAUUGAUGAGCCAAGUGCAUAUCUCGAUUCAGAGCAGCGUAUUGUGGCUUCUAAAGUCAUUAAGCGGUUCAUUCUGCAUGCAAAGAAAACCGCAUUUGUAGUCGAGCAUGACUUUAUAAUGGCUACCUAUUUGGCAGAUCGAGUCAUUGUCUACGAAGGACAACCAUCCAUUGAUUGUACUGCGAAUUGUCCUCAAUCACUGCUCAGUGGAAUGAAUCUCUUUUUAUCUCAUCUGAACAUCACCUUCAGACGGGAUCCCACCAAUUUCAGACCAAGGAUCAACAAAUUAGAGUCGACUAAAGACAGGGAGCAGAAGUCUGCUGGCUCAUACUACUACUUGGAUGAUUAAGACAACUACCGAGAGAAUAUAGGGCAUGAUCUGGAUAAAAAAAUGUCUGAGUUCCACCAGAAAGGUCUUUUUCUCUGAGGAAUUUGAUCUACGAGCUCGGGAUAUUUUGCGCAACCAUCUGUUUUCCGAGUUUCUUAUGAGAUGUUUCUUUCUCUCUGGUCAAGCUUCUGAUUGUUUGUUCAUCAGUUUUGCUCUUCCAGCCUUUUGCUAUAUACUGUGCAAAGGUUUUUUAUUAACUGAGCAAUAAUAUCUUCUGAAUCUUUAACCUUUUUGUUUUGGUUUUUGUACUUUUGAGUUGUUUAUUUCAACAUUGACUGUAAUGUUAUUACUUGGUUUUAAAAGGAAUGUACUGCCUAUUAUUAUUA